AUGGCACCGUCCAGAGCCAAUGGUGUUCAUGAGGCGGCGCAGAAAAGAAGUUGGACAGUGAAUUAUGAUACGACGAAACGACACAAGCUCUUUACACAACCACCGAGUAACAAGACAGCAUACCCGAACCUCGCCGAAACCAUUCGACCACACGUCGAUUCUUUCAACACAGUCUUUGCUCCGGAUGGACAACUACAACAUGCUCUCAAGGACAUUGGAACCAAAACAUUUCUCGAUGGCGAUGCUUCCACACUUUCUGACGGCGAGCCGAGAAAUCGACUGGAAGUUCGGGUGAAGGAGGUCUUCCUGGACAAAAGCAAGGUACCACCAAGCAACAAGACCGAAGGCAAGCGGGAGAUCCUACCAGUGGAGUGUCGCGAACGACAUGUAACCUACAAAGGAAGAUUUCAAGGCCGGGUCGCAUAUCGUAUCAACAAUGGCGACUGGAAAGAGACGGUGCGAGAGUUCGGGUACAUCCCAAUCAUGCUUCGGUCGAAUCGAUGUCAUCUGGAAGGCUUGUCGCCGAAGGACUUGGUGAACAGCAGAGAAGAGACGGAAGAGCUGGGAGGGUACUUCAUCGUCAACGGCAUCGAGAAGCUGAUCCGAAUGCUGAUCGUCAACCGACGGAACUUUCCCAUGGCUAUUAUCCGACCAUCUUUCGAGAACAGAGGGCCCACGUACACGAAAUGGGGCAUACAGAUACGAUCCGUGCGGCCUGACCAGACUUCGCAGACGAAUGUGUUGCAUUAUCUCAGCGACGGCAAUGUGACCUUUCGAUUCUCGUGGCGGAAGAACGAGUAUCUUGUCCCCGUGGUCAUGAUCCUGAAGGCUUUGGCUGAGACGACCGAUCGCCAGAUUUUUGAGGGUAUCGUUGGUCCGGCUGGCAGUACGGGACUCGAGGCCAAGCAAUUCGUUACGGAUCGAGUGGAGCUUUUGCUGCGGACGUACAAAGCUUACAGUCUACACAAUCGAUCACAAACAAGGGAAUUCUUGGGUUCGAAGUUCAGGAUAGUGCUUGCGGUGCCGGACGACAUGAGCGAUGAGGAUGCUGGGACGGAGUUCUUACGCAAAGUUGUAUUGCCUCAUCUUGGAUGCUACGAUGUGACCGAUGCCAACGACGAGGACAAAUUUCGCAUUCUACUAUUUAUGAUUCGGAAAUUGUAUGCUUUGGUAGAAGGCGAAUGUGCGGUCGAUAACCCGGAUGCUGUUUCGAGUCAGGAGAUUUUACUUCCGGGAGCACUGUAUGGCAUGAUCAUCAAGGAGCGAAUAGAAGAGUGGAUGACGAGUAUUGGUCUUGCAUUACGAGAUUGGGGUCGAAGUAACCGCUAUCCAUCGUUUGCCAGCAAGGAAUUCGAGCGCGACUUUCUUACCAAGAUUGUACGAAAGACGAAUGAGAAUCUUGGUCAAGCACUGGACUAUUUCCUGGCCACUGGCAAUCUUGUGAGUCCUACUGGUCUAGAUUUGCAGCAAGUCUCUGGAUACACUGUGGUAGCUGAGAAGAUUAACUUCUAUCGCUUCAUCAGUCAUUUCCGGAUGGUGCAUCGAGGUAGUUUCUUCGCCGAGCUUAAGACGACUACUGUGCGAAAGCUCCUUCCUGAAAGCUGGGGCUUUUUAUGUCCUGUUCAUACACCGGAUGGAUCGCCUUGUGGGUUGCUGAACCACCUCGCACAUAAAUGUAAGGUUGCCACGCAUAGCUCUGAUGUUUCCAACCUGCCACACCUCGUCGCGCAGCUCGGCACAGUGCCAUCAUCCGCCGCCACUCUGGCGGAAAGUGUCGUCGUACAGCUCGAUGGACGAAUACUCGGCUUCUGCACACCAAAACAAGCAAAAGUCAUCGGCGACACACUUCGGUACUGGAAAGUAGAAGGCACACAUGACCUACCCACGGAUCUAGAGAUCGGCUACAUUCCUUCGUCCAACGGUGGUCAAUAUCCUGGUAUCUACAUGUUCUCGACGCCUGCACGCAUGAUGCGGCCGGUGAGCUAUCUUCCUCUGGACAAGACUGAUUAUGUUGGACCCCUUGAGCAGCCGUAUAUGUCUAUUGCUUGUACGGAGCCGGAGAUUGCAUCUGGUGAUUCGACGCAUGUCGAGGAGGAUCCGACGAAUAUUCUUUCGAUCGUGGCGAAUCAGACACCUUUCCCUGAUUUCAACCAGUCGCCGAGAAAUCAAUAUCAAUGUCAGAUGGGCAAACAGACAAUGGGUACGCCUGGCACGGCUCUGAAAUACCGCACAGACAACAAGUCGUAUCGACUCCAGACUGGCCAAACUCCUGUCGUACGACCACCCCUGCACAACGAAUAUGGACUCGACAACUUCCCGAACGGCACCAACGCUGUCGUCGCCGUGAUAUCCUAUACUGGUUACGACAUGGACGACGCCAUGAUAUUGAAUAAGUCCUCUCACGAACGGGGAUUUGGAUACGGCACGAUCUACAAGACCAAGAAGGUCGAUCUAUCGGAAGAAAGCAAGUCGACUCGAGGUCGAAGUAAAGCUGUUACACACAUGUUCGGCUUCGCGCCCGAAAGCACGAUCAAAGCUUUCUGGCGAAAUACACUAGAAGAGGAUGGCUUAUGUGCAAUCGGCACCAAAGUCAAGGAUGGCGACAUCAUUGCUGCCUCGCAUACCGUGACGUGGGAUCCAGCUGCAGAUUGUUACGUCAAUCGCGACGGCGUCACGCAUUUACAUCGCUACAAGGAUCCCGAAGAAGCGUACGUGGAGGAGAUCAAACUUAUCGGGAAUGACUCUGGGAGCAAUGAGCCUUGCCAGGCUAUCAGCGUACGUCUUCGGAUACCUCGAUCGCCUGUCAUUGGUGACAAGUUCUCCUCUCGCCACGGGCAGAAGGGUGUUUGUUCGCAGAAGUGGCCGGCGAUCAAUAUGCCUUUCACUGAGAGUGGUAUGCAACCCGACGUUAUCAUUAACCCGCACGCCUUUCCUUCACGAAUGACGAUUGGUAUGUUCGUCGAAUCUUUGGCUGGCAAGAGUGGAGCUCUGCAUGGUCUGGCGCAGGACUCGACACCCUUCAAAUUCAAGGAUAAGGAAGGUGAGACGGCGGUGGAGUAUUUCGGACAUCAAUUACAGAGGGCAGGGUAUAACUAUCACGGCAACGAACCCAUGUAUUCUGGAAUCACAGGCGAGGAACUAGCGGCGGAUAUCUAUAUCGGUGUGGUGUACUACCAAAGACUACGGCAUAUGGUCAACGAUAAAUUCCAGGUCCGAACCACUGGUCCCGUCACGCCGCUGACUGGACAACCGAUCAAGGGUAGAGCGAAGGGUGGUGGUAUCCGUGUUGGUGAGAUGGAGAGGGAUGCGUUGCUAGCACACGGCACAGCGUUCUUACUGCAGGAUCGAUUACUCAAUUGUAGUGAUUACACCAAAGCAUGGGUGUGCAAGAAAUGCGGGUCCUUCUUGUCCACGCAGCCGAGUAAAAGCGGUGGAUAUGAACGGCAGGCUUCGGGCCGGUAUGGAGAGGGUGGACGGGUGAGGUGUCGACGGUGUUCGAGGAAGGCGGUUGUCAAUGAUGCGAAGGUGGAGUGUUGGGAGGAUGGGAAGGGGGAGAGGUGGUUUGGGGGCGAUGAAGUGGCGCUGGUGGCUGUUCCGGGGGUGUUGAAGUAUCUGGAUGUUGAGCUGGCUGCUAUGGGGAUUGGGUUGAAGUGGCAGGUUGAGCCUUGA